CUGGCAACCCUGCCGGCGGGGAGCCUGGGAGAGGCACUCCAAGGCAAUGGCACUGCCGAACCGCCAGUGACAGCCGCUUAGCUGGCAGUGUUGAGGCGGCAGGGCGGGAGGAGGGUGUGUGGUGGUGCUGUGCCUUGCGGGAGUCAUGCGGGGGACGUUUUUACUCCUGCUCUUCAUCACUCUCCCAGUAUCUGUGAUAUUGUGGUUGUCCAAUGCAUUCCUGUCAUCUGUAAUAGGCGGCAGUGUUAUUGAACCCUCCAGAUGGCUGAGUGCCACCCUGUUCCCCCUGGUGGUGGCUUGGUGGGGUCUGAGGAAGGGCUCCAUUUCCUUCAGUGGGGCCAUAUGUGGUCUUGUUGUGGGCUUUCUCCUAACACUUGGAAGCUAUGCCUUUUUUAUCAAUCUUCUUGUGUUCUUUGUGUCUUCCUCCAAAGCUACAAAAUACAAGUCUACUUUAAAAAGAAAAACUGAAGCAAAUUUUAAAGAAGGGGGUGAACGGAACUGGGUGCAAGUCAUAUGUAAUGGAGGCGUGGCCAGUCUAAUAUCCUGGUUCUAUAUUGUAGAUUGUGGCUGUGGUGAAAACCCAGUUGACUUAAUCUACAACUACCGGUGUUCUUGGCUUAGUGUUGCAGUUUUAGGAGCUUUAGCAUGUUGCAAUGGAGACACUUGGGCCUCAGAAUUAGGAGCAGUCUUAAGUUUUGGAGAUCCUGUGCUCAUUACCAACUUGCACUCUGUCCCAAGAGGUACUAAUGGAGGAAUAAGCAUCAUUGGACUGGUGGUCAGCUGUUUAGGGGGCCUGGUGGUAGGUGUUGGGCACUACUUGACGUUGUUAAUGCUGGUGUCCUCGCCGGUGAUGAUUGCUGCACCCCCGCAGUGGCCCAUUGUUUUGGUAGGGGCUGCUGGGGGUCUUCUUGGCAGUAUUAUUGACUCUCUACUGGGAGCAACAAUGCAGUAUUCAGGAAUAACUUCUGAUGGGAAAAUUGUGGAACAUCCUGGAGAAGGCAUUGUUCACAUUAGUGGGACACACAUCCUGGACAACCAUGCUGUUAAUCUCAUUAGUUCAUUGUUGACUGCUGUUUUUUUGCCAAGAAUUGCUCUUUUAAUCAUGUAGGUAUUCUCCUGAUUCACCUAUCAUGUACAUAUUGUUUUAAUGCAUUGACUGCCUUAGAAUAGCCAUUCUUAUCAUCAGCACAAUACUAUUUGCUACUUAUCAGGUUUGAUACACAUAAGCACAUUUCUUUGAUGUCCAUGAAUUAUUCAUGUGCAUGUGGAAAGGAAAACAUCAAAUGUCAGGUUAGUAGAGGAAAAUGCCCUUUGUUGGUAACAAUUUUGAGCCAAGAGUGAUGAAAAGAAAUUUCACUGGUAUGGCUGGGAGAGUCAGCAGACAGGGAUGACCUAGGUGGUUGGAUAUGGGAAGUGGCUGUGUAAGAAAAUGUUGAGUUGAAAUAGUCAAAAUAGGAAAAGGGAUGACUGAUGACUUGAUAAAGAUAGAAAAAAUAGUGAGUUAGCACAGUAUCCUUUUUCAAUUGAAAGCCAUUCACUGACCUCAGUCCUUCAAAAUGGGCUGUGAAAUACCAUUAGAUGUCAGUGACAUUAUUGUCAUCAUAGCUAAUUUUUGUGUCAAUAAUUAUUGACUCAUUAUAAUGUAAGCAUGUGCCCACCCUGCAUAGAUAGGCCAUGGGGCUGUAAUUAAGUUGAUGUAUAUUCUAAAGAGCUUUAUAUAUUUGUAUGUCUCAUAUUUCAUAUCAAAGUGUUUUUAUUUAUUUUUUUUUUUUUUUUAUUUUUUUAUUUAUUUUUUUUUUUUUAUGAAAUAUAGAAGUGUUAUAAUGCUACCUUUUAUAUUCAUACAGUUGCAAUAAUGAAAAUGCAACAUGUAAUAUCCAUACAAUAGUGAAAAGUCACUAAGCUGUGAGGAGUUGAGCAUUUCACUGCUCAGCUUGUGUGGCAUGGGAUGGCUUAAUGGUGGUGUGUUGAACUCACGACCAAAGGGUUGGGUUAGGUUCACAAAAGCAUAGAUCUUCUGGCAUCUUGCAGACUUCUUAUGUUUAAUGCUUGGGUGCAACAUUACACUUUGGAGACAAGUAGGGUUUUGCUGUAACUCUAGCAGGGCUACAUGGUUUCAAAUAUGCCUAGCUUAAGAGCUGUUUCCUUCUUUACUACUCAACUUGGUGUCACAGUGACUAGCUGAAGUUUGAUGUUUUUUUCUGAGAUGGGAGGAAUAGGGAAAGGCCUAGUAAUUCCUCUCCAGGCGUAGAGUUGAAUAAUCUACAUUAAAUAAAUGGAUGUUUAUAUUAGUAGAGUUGUCAUUUGAACUGAAUGUUUUUUUAUUAGCCUGUGAAAGGUAGGGAGUCUGUGUUAAAGUAUGUAACUGUUGUAAAUGUAUAUGAGGUCAUGUAGAUUUUCAUGGAGCUGAAAAGUAAAGGAAGAGGGAGGGUGGAGGUGGAAGGCAAAUAAAGGUGAAAAAAAAAGUUAUUCAAAGUUAUAUAUCUGAUAGUGACUAAAGAAUUGAAAAAAAGAAUGAGUUGUAAUUUGUAUGAUCCUUUAAUAGCCUAACCUAACUCAACUGUGACUUCAGAACUGAAAAUUUUCAAGAUAAACAUGAGCUGUGACUUGCAAGAUUCUUUGAUAACCAAUGGAAUGACAGUGCUGUUGAGUUUGUACCUGAACAAAAAUAAUUUGUUUUAGAAGUUGUGUAGGGUGACAUAUGUGUGUACCAUUUCAGUAGAUGGUCUAAAAGAACUUUUUGUCUUGUGUAUUUGAUUGCCAUCACUACUAGUAUAUUCUUGAAAUUGCACUAAAUGGCAGAAAGUUCAUGUAAAUGCUGAGCAAAUUUAUGAAAAUUUAUAUGGCAUAAUUUUUAUAAUUUCCCUAGUACAUGUGCCGCCAUUAUUACGAGUAUUUCCCAGAAUACAAACAUACAGUAUGUAGUAUCUGUUAUAUGAAGCAAUUGUAGUGAAAGUUAUAGACAUGAAAAAUUCUGCCAUACAAAUCCCAUAUUAUUUAGGAGUCUUCUCUCGUAGUAUAUUCUUGGGAUAUAUAAUUUAUCAUUGAUAAAGGGUACAUUCUUAUUGAAGGAAAGGGAUUCUUUGCUAUUAAUGCUAUGUUGGGCUAUUUAAUUAUGAACUAGUUAAUAAGCGGCUUGCAAAUCAUAGGAAAAGAUGUUGGAUAAUGAAUAAGUUUUAAGUAGAAUCAGGACCAAUUUUUAUAUUGAUUUUCAGGUAAGAAGUGGGUGAAUGGGUAGACCCAGUCCACUACCUUACCUAUCUAUAAUGUGGAAGCAGUAGAAUUUGAAGACAUUUCUUGAUUCUCAUGUACCAUAGAUGUGAAUUAAUAAUAACAAAAGUUGAUUUAUGCCCACCGUUUACUUAAAAUUGCUUUGCCAGCUAAUCCACACACACAAAAAAAUGAGAUUGUUACUUAUUUUCCAAUCUGAAUGUAUGUUUGGGAUUAAUAUUUAUGGAUAUUCAAAGCAGAGAAAUCAUGGAAAGUAUGGUAAAUAGCCAGUUUUAAAGAAAUUUGAAGGAAUAAUGAAGUACUGAGGCUAUACUUUAAUAUUAUGAAUCACUGAAUGAUAGGGAGUGAAAACAAAAAGUGCCAGUUCCUUGACAGUUGACAAUAUUCAUUUACCAUAAGAUCUACAAAGGGAAAUAUAUGAAAAUAGAUAACAUUUAGUUCAUAUUACUGGGAACUUCCUUUUGCUUAGAUCCAUUCACAUCCAAACAAAACUUUGGUCUAAACUUGUCCUCUUAAUUUUUAGCUCAUUUGGCAGUGUCUUACAAGGCUUAUUUGUCACUAAAAGUAAAAGCCUUGUGAGUCAUUGGCAGUAGCUAAGGUGCCUUUUGAAUAUGGGCCUUUGAUAUCCAAUAAAAUAUGUCCCUGUGGUGCAGUGGUUAGUGUGCCUAGCUAUGAAUCUCGGGUUCGAAUCCUGGCCUGGGCAGUCAGUGUGCAGACUACUCAUCUGUUCAUCCUCCCUUUUGGCCUGGUUGCUAAAUGGGUACCUGGGGAAACCUGGGAAAGGUAAUCUGUGCUAACCAGGAUGUUGCACUUGCCCUGUUUCACAGGGCAAUGGAUUCUUCCCAUCACAGGCUCAAGUGCCACUGUGAUGGAGAUGAGCACAGAGGCCAUGUGCAGCUAUAGCAUAUGCUCCCAACUUUACCUUACCUUUUAUUCUGAAGGGAAACUUUCACACACUUUACUUUCAGGAGUGACAAACAUGUUUUUCCAGCAAGUCAGACAGAUGGAAUUUGAUAUUAGGUAAUGUCAGAGUGUUUGUUGAUUACUCAUAGCCUAUGUUGUUUUUACCCCUAAGGGGUCACCAUCUUGCUUCAAGUGUCACUCAUUGUUAUUGUCAAUAUUGUAAAUAAGUCUACUUUUAUACUAACAAAACUUAUCAAAAUGUUAGUCACAAAGAUAUUUCCAUGAUCUCAUAUCCAUCCUAUGUUAUUAUGUUUGGUACAGACAAAAAUUUCCAGGCCUAUGUAUUUGUUUUCAAGGUGUAGGCUCAGAAUCUCAACAUCUUGUUUCAUCAUGUGUUCAUUAUUAAAAAAUAGGUGACCUUUUCAGAGUUACAUACAUAUAUAUUUGUUCUUUGUUGUAGAUUUUGUCUUUGGAGAAUGAGGACUACCAGCAUCAUGCAAGUAUUAUUGUAUGUACAGACUAUAAUUGUAAAUAUAUUUAAUAAUUUUG